AUGGUUCUCGCUAUUAAUAGCAAACAACACUGUAAUGCGAAUGCUGCGUCCGUACCCCUUGGCCGUGGUUAUGUCUCGUCCGACGUCCGUACUCAGCAUUUGGCGGUUGCGUAUGGCUACAUCUCUGCGGAGGCUGAGGAAUCCCAAAGUAACCAACUCCUAUCGCAGCACGCCUUAAGGUGUUCAAAUGAGAAACGCGAAGAUGUUGAGGAUGUUGUUGCAAUUACCUGUUUCGGACUUAGCCCUAAGUAG